AUGGAGAGCGACGGACUUUCCAGCACCGACCAACAGCUGAUCCGGGAGAGCUGGCUGCGGGUGAGCGCCAGCCCUUUGCAGCACGGCCUCGUCCUGUUCACCAGGCUUUUUGAUUUGGAGCCUGAUCUCGUGCCCCUUUUCCAGUACAACUGCAAAAAGUUCUCUGCUGCUGAGGAGUGCCUCUCAUCACCCGAGUUCCUGGAACAUGUUAGAAAGGUGAUGCUGGUAAUAGAUGCUGCCGUGACCCAUUUGGAGAACCUACAGUGUCUGGAGGAAUACCUUGCCAACUUGGGUAAGAAGCACCAGGCAGUUGGCGUGAAGGUGGAGUCUUUUUCGGCCGUGGGGGAAUCCUUGCUGUAUAUGCUGGAAAAAUGCCACGGCCCUGCCUUCGGUUUGAAUGUCCGUGAAGCCUGGACCAAGCUGUACAGCAUUGUGGUGAAAGCCAUGAGCUGUGGAUGGGAUGUUCCGGGAAAGGUGGAAUAG